AUGCCUCGGGUCCUUCUAGAUCGACAGCGGUGCGACCAGCUAACCGCGCGUGCAGCAGAAAUGACGGAUGCAUUGACUUUCCUGGCGACACGCCUAGGAGUCUCAACUCCAGCAGAGGGUGUAUGGCAGCUGUGUUUGGACGAGGCAGUGAACAGGGGUCUGUUCUCGGCCGUGAAUAUCGUGGAUUUCGAACAGCUCUACGUCCAACAGUUCUAUCGCCAUUGCCCGAUAUUUCAUCUGCCUUCAACCUCCGUUGAGACCGCCUCACUAUCUCUUCUCAUGGCUAUAUUUAUGGGUGGAGCGAUACUCACAUACCCUCGGGAUACUUAUCACCUAGCAAUUGGUUGCUUGGACCUGGUGGAAGAGUACAUCUUCAACCUGCUUGAUAUUGACAUGAUAGGUGGUGGGCGUGGUGGUGGUAUUCUUGAUGUGGAUGAAGAGGAAGGGAAGCUCCUGGCCUUCAUAGAACCAGUUAUGGCCGCCAUCAUCGUCGUAUGCUUACAGCUUAGUCGAAAUAAUGCGAUGAUACGCCGAAGGCUUCGAACGCGCCGUUUUCCGAUACUGGUAUAUGCUGCGCGUUCCUUGUCAUUGUUCAACGUCAAACAUGAAACCGAGCCGAGUGAGACGAACUUGGCAGUCACAUCUGCAUAUGCUCAGAAAGAGACUUAUAUCAGGUAA